AUGUCGAAAAACAACACAAUGACCUCUGCAGUCUCUGAUAUGCUCUCACAGCAACAGUUGAAUCUGCAACAUCUGCAUAACUUACAGCAGCAUACCAGAAGUAUGACUUCAGCGGAUCAUGUCAACGUCAUACAGCAGCAGCAGCAGCAACAGCAGCAGCAGCAACAAAGUGCGAAUUUUCAACAUGGAAGUUUGACGUCUAACGAUAUAAACCAGCAGAACUAUUUGAACAGUCAGCCGGUUCGCUCUACCAGCAAUUCUACGUUCCAAAAUAAUAGGACACUAACUAUGAAUUCUGGGGGGUUGCAAGGUAUAGUAAGCAGCGGUGCCCCCAACAUUGACUCAAAUACUAACGUAGCCAUCGCUGCAGCAGAUCUGAGCAACAGCAACGGUAAGCCCUUCCAAGGUAAAAACUCCUUAACAGAUACUUCACUAUUAUCAAGAGCUAGGUCUUCUUUGCAACGUCAAAGACUUACUCAGCAGCAACAGCAACAACAGGAUCCUAGAUCGCCAUUAGUUAUAUUAGUGCCUACAGCUGCGCAACCAACAGACAUUCUCGCGGCGAGGUUUUCUGCCUGGAGAAACGUUAUCAAAUCUGUGAUUGUUUACUUAACAGAAAUUGCCUCUAUUCAAGAUGAAAUUGUCAGGCAGCAGCUGAGAUUAUCACACGCUGUACAAUUUCCAUUCUUUUCCAUCGAGAACCAGUAUCAACCAAGUUCCCAGGAGGAUAAAUCAGUACAAAAAUUUUUUUUGCCAUUGGGCAACGGUUCGAUACAAGAUUUACCAACAAUUCUGAACCAGUACCACGAAUCGUUGGCAUCCAGUGCGUCUAAAGCCUCAAGGGAAUUGACCAAUGACGUUAUUCCCCGUUUGGAGGACUUGCGAAGAGACUUAAUAGUCAAGAUAAAAGAGAUAAAAUCGCUACAAUCGGACUUUAAAAACUCUUGUUCCAAAGAAUUGCAACAAACCAAACAAGCUAUGAAACAGUUUCAGGAGUCCUUAAAGGAUGCACGUUACUCAGUGCCCAAACAAGAUCCAUUUUUAACCAAGAUAGCGCUUGAUAGACAGAUUAAAAAGCAACUUCAAGAGGAAAAUUUUCUGCAUGAAGCCUUUGACAAUUUGGAAACUUCAGGCGCUGAAUUAGAAAAAAUCGUAGUCAUGGAAAUUCAAAAUUCUUUAACGAUAUAUGCAAGAUUAUUGGGACAAGAAGCACAAUUGGUAUUUGAUAUAUUAAUAUCUAAGUUAGAUUCUGGAUUCUUCAACAUUGAUCCCCAAUUUGAAUGGGAUAACUUCAUUUCAAGAGACCCCAAUUUUUUACUGCCUAAUCUACCAAUGAGAACAUUCAAAGAAAUUGUCUAUAAAUACCAAUUCGAUCCAUUGACCUAUGAUAUCAAAUCCGGGUUUCUGGAAAGACGAUCAAAAUUUCUGAAAUCCUAUUCAAAGGGAUAUUAUGUGUUAACACCAAAUUUCUUGCACGAGUUCAAGACGGCAGAUAGGAAAAAAGAUCUAGUCCCAGUGAUGUCGUUAGCAUUGAGUGAAUGCACCGUCACAGAACAUUCCAAAAAAAAUAGUACAUCAUCAACAAAUUCGGCCAGUUCGGAUGCUAAAUUUGUAUUACACGCCAAGCAAAACGGUAUAAUUCGUCGUGGACAUAAUUGGGUUUUUAAAGCAGAUUCUUAUGAAACCAUGAUGUCUUGGUUUGAUAAUUUGAAGAUUUUAACAUCUACUUCGAAUAUGCAAGACAAGUAUAAAUUUAUUACGCAAAAACUAAACCUAAAUUCAGAUGGUAAACCGAAGACAACCGUUAAUCACACCAGCAAUAACAAGUAUCAGCAAAACAACGCUAACAGUACAAUGAUGGAAAAUGAUGAAAACGAUGAUAUAAAUAGUAAUUAUGUGGGGUCCACAGUAACACCAAAAUUGGACAAUCAAACAAAUACGAACACAUCCAUGUCGUCAUUACCCGAUACUAAUGAUUCUGAAUUACAGGAUCAAGUCCCCAAUAUUUAUAUUCAAACACCAAUAAGCGAUUUUAAAUCUUAA